ACUGUACAUUUAGAGAUACUUUCUUUCUCUCCCAUCGAAACCGAAGAUUUGAAGCUGAAAAAAGAAGAGACGAAAAUUGUGGCAAUUUGUUGGUGAGAAAGUCGAAGAUUCACGUGGGUAAAGCUCCAUAAACAGUGAAACAUUGGAUUUUCUUUUUCCUUUUUGUUUUCUUAAGCUUUCUCUUCGAAUCUACUCGUCUCUUUGAAACUGUCCGUUGUUUUUUUUUUUUUGGUUCAAUAAAAUCGCAAAUUAUUUGCUAAUUUAGAGAAGAAAAUUGAACGGAGCUGAAACAAGGAUGAUUUGUUGCUGCAUGAUGUUGAUUCUCCAAAACGAUUCGAGUGCUUAAGGAUUGUAAGAUUAGAAAGUUCUUGAAAUGGACAGUUCAGAGACAUAAAAUUUUUCGAAGAUUUACAUUGUCGAAGGAGAGCUUAAAUCUGAAGCCUUGGACAACAACUGUUUCAGUUAGAAGCAAUAAAAUUUGAUUAAAAAAGAGGUCAAUAUGGUGGCGCCGCAUUUAGCUGCUGUCUUUACUAAGUUGCAGACACUAUCUACUUCAGACUAUGCGUCUGUGGUCUCCAUGAACAUAUUUGUAGCGCUUCUUUGUGCUUGCAUUGUGAUUGGUCAUCUUUUGGAGGAGAAUAGAUGGAUGAACGAAUCAAUUACCGCCCUUAUCAUUGGUGUUUUCACUGGGGUCAUUAUUUUGUUGACAAGUGGGGGUAAAAGCUCUCAUCUUUUAGUCUUCAGUGAAGAUCUGUUCUUUAUCUAUCUUCUGCCCCCUAUUAUAUUCAAUGCUGGGUUUCAGGUGAAAAAGAAGCAAUUUUUCCGUAACUUUAUCACCAUCAUGCUGUUUGGGGCUGUUGGUACACUAAUAUCUUGUACAAUUAUCUCUUUAGGUGUAAUUAACUUCUUCAAGGAAAUGGACAUUGGCUCCUUAGACAUUGGAGAUUUUCUAGCAAUUGGUGCAAUCUUUGCUGCAACAGAUUCUGUUUGCACACUGCAGGUGCUUAAUCAGGAUGAGACUCCAUUACUCUACAGUUUGGUUUUCGGAGAGGGUGUUGUAAAUGAUGCAACAUCUGUGGUGCUUUUCAAUGCAAUCCAGAGUUUUGACCUCGUUAAUACCAGUCCUAGAAUUCUUCUGGAGUUUAUUGGCAGCUUUUUGUAUUUAUUUUUAGCAAGCACUAUGCUGGGAGUGAUUGUUGGGUUGGUUAGUGCUUACAUCAUCAAAAAGUUGUACUUUGGAAGGCACUCAACAGAUCGUGAAUUUGCUCUUAUGAUGCUUAUGGCAUACCUUUCGUAUAUCAUGGCUGAACUGUUCUAUUUGAGUGGCAUUCUCACAGUAUUCUUUUGUGGGAUUGUGAUGUCACAUUAUACCUGGCACAAUGUUACAGAGAGUUCAAGAGUUACUACAAAGCAUGCCUUUGCUACCUUGUCAUUUGUUGCUGAGACUUUUCUCUUUCUUUAUGUCGGGAUGGAUGCUUUGGACAUGGAGAAGUGGAGAUUUGUCAGUGAUAGCCCUGGAACGUCAGUUGCUGUUAGUGCUGUGCUGAUGGGUCUUGUUAUGGUUGGAAGAGCAGCUUUUGUGUUUCCCCUGUCAUUUUUAUCCAACUUGGCAAAGAAAUCAGCUAGUGAAAAAAUCAGCUUCAGGGAACAAAUUAUAAUAUGGUGGGCUGGGCUCAUGAGAGGCGCUGUAUCUAUGGCACUUGCAUAUAAUCAGUUUACAAGGGGGGGCCAUACUCAGUUGCGAGGAAAUGCAAUUAUGAUUACAAGCACUAUAACCAUUGUUCUAUUCAGCACUGUGGUUUUUGGUUUAAUGACUAAACCUCUAAUAAGGUUCUUGCUGCCACAUCCCAAACCAACAGCCAGCAUGCUCUCAGACCAAUCUACUCCAAAAUCAAUGGAGGCACCAUUUCUCGGAAGCGGCCAGGAUUCUUUUGAUGAUAGUUUAAUUGGAGUUCAUCGACCAAACAGCAUUCGUGCACUUCUUACAACUCCAGCACACACUGUUCAUUACUACUGGCGAAAGUUCGAUAAUGCCUUCAUGCGCCCUAUGUUUGGUGGCCGGGGUUUUGUGCCCUUCGUUCCUGGCUCCCCAACAGAAAGGAGUGAACCUAAUCUGCCUCAAUGGCAAUGAGGUGGGUGAGCAAGAUCUCUACAAAAAUGUACAUGUAAUAUGACAAUGCAGUCGGUUGCAAAAAACAUGCUUCCGGCGAGAAGCCAGUGCGGUAUGCUUUGUAGUUGCCUCUGGAAUGUAUGUUUCCAUGUAUAGGCUAUAUUUUGUUGACUUCUAAGUUUCCUCGAGAGGUUCUUGUUUAUUCUCCCCAAAACUACCUCCGCACCUGAUGCUGUCUUUCCAUUUGACAUUUGAGAAUAUUUAUGAUCUGAGUGAAGCUUAGGGUAGGCUUGCCGUUCUAUUUUGUACGUAUAUGAGUAUUUAUAUCAGUGUGUUUUUAUUCAUAAGUUACAAAAUCGAGGAUUUUAUAGAAUUUGAAAUUGAUUUGAUUAUAUAUGUGAUAUUCAGUUCAUUACUAGAAAA